AACAGAAGAACCGUGAAUGCUAGGUGGGAUUUGCAAAUCUCCCAGGUCAAGUAUACAGAAAAUCAGUGAAGAGAGGGUAUGAAUUCACACUUAUGGCUGUGGGUGAAUCUGGACUGGGAAAGUCAACAUUAAUCAACUCAUUAUUCCUCACAGAUUUGUAUUCUUCAGAGUAUCCAGGUCCUUCUCAUAGAAUAAAAAAGACUGUACAGGUGGAACAAUCCAAAGUUUUAAUCAAAGAAGGUGGUGUUUAGUUGCUGCCAAUAGUUGAUACCCCAGGAUUUGGAGAUGCAGUGGAUAAUAGUAAUUGCCGACAGCCUGUUACUGACUACAUUGAUAGUAAAUUUGAGGACUACCUAAAUGCAGAAUCUCGAGUGAACACACAGCAGAUGCCUGAUAACAGGGUGCAGCGCUGUUUAUACUUCAUUGCUCCUUCAGGACAUGGACUUAAACCAUUGGAUAUUGAGUUUAUGAAGCAUUUGCAUGAAAAAGUGAAUAUCAUUCCACUUAUUGCCAAAGCAGACACCCUCACACCAGAGGAAUGCCAACAGUUUAAAAAACAGAUAAUGAAAGAAAUCCAAGAACGUAAAAUUAAAAUAUAUGAGUUUCCAGAGACAGAUAAUGAAGAAGAAAAUAAGCUUGUUGAAAAGAUAAAAGACCGUUUACCUCUUGUUGUGGUAGGUAGUAAUACUAUCAUUGAAUAUAAUGGCAAACGGAUCAGAGGAAGACGUUGUGUUGCUGAAGUUGAAAAUGGUGAACAUUGUGAUUUUACAAUUCUAAGAAGUAUGUUGAUAAGAACACACAUGCAGGACUUGAAAGAUGUCACUAAAAAUGUACACUAUGAAAAUUACCUGAGCAGAAAACUGGCAGCUGUGACUUAUAAUGGAGCUGAUAAUAGCAAGAAUGAAGGGCAGCUCACCAAGAGCCCACUUGCACAAAUGGAAGAAGAAAGAAGGGAGCACGUAGCUAAGAUGAAGAAAAUGGAGAUGCAGAUGGAGCAGGCGUUUGAGAUGAAGGUCAAAGAAAAAGUUCAAGAACUGGACUCUGAACCUGAGCUCCAAAGGCGCCAUGAGCAAAUGAAAAAGCAUCUGGAAGCCCAGCACAAAGAAUUAGAGGAAAAACGUCGUCAGUUUGAAGAUGAGAAAGCAAACUGGGAAGCCCAACAACGUAUUUUAGAACAACAGAACUCUUCAAGGACCUUGGAAAGAACAAGAAGGGGAAGAUCUUUUAAACCCGCGAUUGACCACCACUUACAUAUUAAUUGUCAGUAUUCCAGCUUGGACAUCGGUGUUUGCUGGAUCCGUUUGACCAAUCUGCACCAGUUUAAUCCAUAA